GGAAUCCAUCCCGAUCACGCUCUCCGCAGCUGACUUUCACCCACUCUUGCAGCAUAAAUUGCCCUGCACAAGACUACCUACUCUCAGCUUACAGCUGGACUUGCAGCCCAGCCGGGUCCUCUAGAAAACAGCAAACUCCAAGCCUUCUGCAGAAAGUCCUCCUCGCAGCCAUGGAAGGUUACUUCUCCGCCGUCCACAAGAUGGAGCAAACGGUGAUGUUUCCCAGUCUCCUCCGAGGGGUCUCCUUUGAAGAGCAGGACACUGCGUUUGAAGCCGACAAAGACCUGUUUGAAUAUUUCACCCAGCUGAAAUCCAUCAAGCAGAUGAUGGAAGGCGGAUGGAUGCCUCUCGACGGCCGGCAGCCCGGCAUCACCGCCCGGGUGAAAGAACCAGAGGCCAAAGAAGAAGCGGAUCUGGAAAGACUUUAUUAUUACCACAUCUCUGCUCUACAGCGGGUCUUCCGCCAGCUGACCGGGAGAGCCAACACCGUCACCUCCAGAUACAAUGAAAUUAUGCAAGGGAUCAACCAGAGCAAAAUUACUCUUUCCUGGUGAAACCCAAAACAGGAACUGUAAAGGGCACAUUGGACGUCUUUCCUUAGGUGUCUGCUUGAACAAGCUCCCUAGGAAGAAAUGGUUUAAGCGGCCAACACAGAGACAUUUUGAAUGACUGCUGACUUAACCACUGGCUGAACAGCACCAACGUCCGUGGGGGUUUUUCAAGCACUGAUUAUUUUUUGUUAUUUAUACUCUUAUCUGAACUCCAGGACAUAGUUAUGCUUCUGAUGUUAAGUUAGUUUAAAAUUACUCUAAAUUAAGGGGGGGGAGAUAAAGCUUUUUGUACAGCUAAUUACAUUUUUAAGCGUGGCGAUGACCUCAGAA